CCACCCGAGAGUUGGCCGCUAACAGCUUCCUAAUAUUUUUCUGUCAUUGGCAAUUUGGUAAUCAUUGGCUUUGAGGAAAGAAUAACUGAUCUGCAAAUUGUUUGGCAUGAUUUCCUUUCGAGAGAUAGGGAAAGUGAAGGUUCGUUUCAGUGUGGUAAUUACUUACUACAGAGAAGUUGAAGACCUGUGUGCUAUAGUCCAACAUUUCCAUGAUGAGAAAUAUGUCAUUACCUCAAUUUUUUGUCAUAGUAAAGGGAAGAUUACGUAUAAUGUUACUGAAGAAAGUUUAAUGGACUGUCUAAAUACUAUAAUCCAUCUUGCCUGCUUAUCAAUCCCUGAAAUUGCUGGCAAGGGUGUUGACAGCUCAGAAUCCAUGGAUAAAACUAUACCCGCAGAAGAUGCUUUAGAGUUUGCUAAGUCCAUAUCGAAUCAUGAACUGCGCAUCAUAGAAGGGGCUGGCAUUGAAUAUACUUGUCAUCAAGAUGAAUUGACAAGUUUUGUUGUGCAAUUUAUCAAGGUUAAUAAUGACAAGGAAAACAAUACAUCUAAGCAGACACAAUUUGGAAGAGUAGAUAAACCUUUCCAUUCACGGUUCUAGUCCUUGCAGAAUAUGUGGAUCUGGCACCUCAUUUUAGUCCAUCCUUACAAAUACGGACAUACUCGUCCUAUUCCUCGCAGCCAAUAAUUGUACGUUGUCUGUUAAAGAAAAUCGACCAAUAUUGUCCUAGCUUCUCAUUAUUGAACCUCAACAAUUGCACGUCUGACAAGAACUACCGCGUCAUCAUUGCCAGGUUAUCAAUCUGACAUUAAACUUUUAUUGUUUCUGUUAAAAGUUUAUGCUCUUGCAUUUACUGUGGAAUUUGAUAUCAUGAGUUUGAGCACCACUCAUCUGGUAGAUAGAACAUGUGAAGUACAGUUGAUUGAAUUGAAUUGUUGUUAUCACAAGUGAGCAACUACCAAAACAAUUGAUCUUGGAAACAGAAUUAUUGAUAAAACUUGACCAGAAAAUAUUAUGAGACCUACUUUAGUAUGAUAAAUAUGUUACUAAAAGCAGGAGGGGGGCACACAAAAUUUUGAUCCUAGAUACUAAAAAACUUGAGGGGCACACAGUACUAUAUUAUUGCAUUAUUAAGUCAAGUUUUUAGAGGGGUCACUGUGCUCCCCCUUAGAUUGGAAGCUGACUGUUCUGUUUGUUGUUAGAGAGUUGAGAGGACAUACUACCUACUGUAGUACUGCUGUUAAAGAUUUACUUCUAGCCACAGCAUUUUGCACAUUCUAUUUAAAAAAAAUGAAAAUUCAUGUUUAAAAAAAUAAAUAAUCUCGAGUUCAAUAUUGUUUUGAAGCUUAAUGUGA